AUGUCGCGGGUUCUGCAUUGCGGUUUCAAGCCGGUCCACGGCCUCGACGAGUAUUUUCGGCCAUCGCUACUGCGGAAAGGACGCCGCUUGCUGGACAAUAACCAUGUGUUCGGUGUCCGGGAGGUUGACGGGUCUGAGAUCUCUGCAAAAUGUCUGUCGGAGCAAAGCAAGCACGUAUACCAAGUGGACCUCAAACUGACGACGGAGCCCCGCACAAUCGAAAGUGGCAAAUGCACGUGCCGCUACGGCAGCCUGGACUACAAGAGCCCCUUUGUAGGAAACAAACAGCCUGCAGAGCUGUCCCCAUUUUAUGCAUUGAAGCACUUCCCGGGCAUUGUAUCGCCAUUUACGGAAGCACUGCAAGAGAUGGCGAGGAGUGAGGCAGAUUUAAUCAGCAUUGAAGCAGAACAAGAAGCCAGGCGGGUUUUACAGCUCGAAAAAAUUAUCCAGCUGCUUCCAGCACCUUGCAACGCCUUGCAUGUGCUGCAGAUAUCAGGCACCUACCCGAAGCUAAGUGUAGCAGCAAAGGAUUACGUACAACUCAUGACGCAAGAGCAGAAGGAGUUUUAUCAGACAAAUAUUGUCUGUGAGUCACUGUCAGACCUAUGUGUGGCCACCAUGGGCCAGUCAAGCUGUCUAAGGUGGCACAAAGAAAAGAAGUUUCGCAUAAGCAGUACCACUAGCCACACAAUACUCCAUGCCCGACGGAGCCCUGAGGAGGUUGCCAGGGCCAUCCUGAACUCAAGGCCAUUUUCUACAGAGGCCACGGCUUAUGGACUCCGUACAGAACCCCUGGCUCGGAUGGAGUUUGAGCGUCAACUAGGUGUUGAAGUUGUGGAGAUGGGUUUGCUCAUACACCCGGAUCAGCCUUGGCUGUGUGGCAGCCCUGAUGGCAUGUUCUACCUGUCUGGGGAAACAUGCCUUUUGGAAAUCAAGUGUCCCCACAAGUGUAAAGAAGCAGACAUGUUCGACAGCUCGGGAGAGAGCAUCCUAGACUACAUCCAGGGAACAGGCAGCAACCGAAGACUGAAGACGACGCACAGAUAUUUCACUCAAGUACAGAUAUUACUGUACUUGUUGAAUGUACAAAAGUGUUAUUUUUUUGUAUAUUCUAGCAGGCAAAAUGUCAUUAUUGAAGUCAGCAGGGAUGAUGCCUUUCUUUACGAGAGCAUCCCAGCCCUUGAAAGAUUUUAUUUUACUUACCUUCUGCCUGCUGCAGCUGCAGCAAAAUAA